AUGAACGAGUCGCUGGUGGUGAACGAUUCCUCUGCGGCUCCCGUGGCCGGGGCAGCUCUCCCUUGGAUGGAGGCCGAGUCUCCGGAGCGCAACAGCAGCCUGGAGUACUCCACCACCCCGUUUGAAUUCAUGAUCAACCCGUGGGACAUUAUGCUCUGCAUGUCAGGCACCGUCAUUGCUUGUGAAAACGCCAUCGUGGUGGCUAUUAUCUUCUACACGCCCACCCUGAGGACCCCCAUGUUCGUGCUGAUUGGCAGCCUGGCCACAGCAGACCUGCUGGCCGGCAUGGGAUUAAUCCUGAACUUUGUAUUCCAGUAUGUGAUCUCCUCUAAGACGAUCAGCCUUAUCACCGUAGGGUUCCUAGUGGCCUCUUUCACCGCGUCCAUCAGCAGCCUCUUGGCCAUAACAGUGGACCGCUACUUCUCCCUCUACAACGCCCUGACGUACUUCUCAGAGAAGACCCUGCAGUACGUACACCUGAUGUUACUGGGGACUUGGGGGGCGUCUCUGUGCCUGGGCCUGCUGCCGGUGCUCGGCUGGAACUGCCUUGACGAACCAGCCUCCUGCAGCAUCGUCCACCCUCUGACCCGCAGCAACCUCACCCUGCUGGCCACCUCAUUCUUUGUCAUCUUCGUGCUCAUGCUGACCCUCUACUUCAAGAUCUGCAAGAUCGUGUGCCGCCAUGCCCACCAGAUCGCCCUGCAGCAGCACUUUUUCGCCACGUCGCAUUACGUGGCCACCAAGAAGGGGGUCUCCACCUUGGCCAUCAUCUUGGGGACGUUUGGGGCCAGCUGGCUGCCCUUCGCCAUCUACUGCCUGGUGGGGGAGAAGGAGUACCCCCCGGUGUACACGUACGCCACGCUGCUGCCGGCCACCUACAACUCCAUGAUCAACCCAAUUAUCUACGCCUACCGAAACGCAGAGAUCCAGCGUUCUCUCUACAUGCUUUUCUGUGGCUGCUUUCAAGCCAACGGGGCCUACCGCUCCAGAUCUCCCAGCGAAGUUUAG